GAGAAGACGCCGGAAUGGCAGGGCCUGCACGUCAUGCCGUCUCCGCCGCCGCAGAGAGAGGAUGCUCGGGAGAGAGGGAGAUGAGUAGCGGCCGGCCACACACGUAGAUUUCAGCACAACAAUCAGGAUGACUAGUAACGUGACGGUAGGAGGGUUGGAGAAGGUGAGCGGGGUCUCUCCUGUGACUCUGAGUGAAGACUGGAGCAGAGUUGCCCGGCUGCUGGUGAUCGUCUGCCUUGCGGUCAUCGGUAGUGUCGGCAACGUCUACAUGAUCAGUGCUAUCAUGAUAGAGGAUCACCUGAAGAAAAGAGGUAACACGUUCAUGGCAAACGUGGCUCUAGCGGACCUAUUAGUGACUGGAGUAGUGAUGCCAGCUUCUGCGGUGGUAAUCCUAGCCGGGAUCAAGGACUCGCCUCUGUCCGCGGUAUGUAGUCUACAGUGGUGUUUGUCCAUCGUCUGUUGGCUGGUGACCAUCCUCUCACUGCUGGCCACGGCGGGGGAGAACUACGCCCGUCUCUGCCUCUCUCCGCACUGCUACGCCUCGUUGACUCAGGGUCGGAUCACGCUGCUGAUGUUGGCCAUCUGGGCGGUCAGUGGGGUGAUGGUCGCUCUACAGUUUCAUCUGGAUCUGGUCCCGGACUACUGCAGCACCAAGUCCACCAGUAUCCUGCCGUAUCAGGCCACGGCCGCCGUCCUCUGCCUCGUGCUGCCCGGACUGGUCACUCUCGCACUCUAUCUCAGGAUCAUCCUGCAAGUCCGUCUCGCCCGAGCCAAUCCGAGCUUCAAGCCGCCCAUCGCUUUCAACUGGGACUACUCACUGAUGAAGACCAACCUCUACAGCUUCUUUCUCUUCUUCCUGUUUUGGCUGCCGUUCGGCAUCGUGCUCUGCCUCGCCUCCCGCAAGAAGACCUCCGCCCUCGUAUUCUACAACCUCGCCUGGCUCGCCCUCGGCAAGUCUUGCGUCAAUAACAUUCUCUACUGUGUCUGCAACCGGCACUUCCGUAACGCUUACAUCAACCUGUUCCACUACUGCUGCUGCAAGACUACCGUCACCUUCUCGCGGCGCUCGAGGGCGGAGGCUGUCCGACCCACGGGGGACGUCAGGGUCCACAUCAUACCCGGAUACAACAUGUACUCCUACACCAGCCCCCAGCGGGCCGGCAGGGAAGCCUCCAAGUCCCCGGGCAAGCGCAGUAACGCGGGCAGGACUAGACCCAACUGCCGUGACGUCUACGAGUUGUGAUCAUCCCUCUGUAUCUAUGUGAUCUGUAAGAACGGCUCUAUUAGGGUCUGCCUGUGAUGUGGUCAUGUCAUGUAUCCCGCUGUCGCACUUGAGUGUCUACCUAUACGCUUAGGAAACACCACUGUUUGUAUGUCUGGUGUUCGUGUCUAAUUGUGUGCAUGUUCUAACUUCUGCAGAACAUUGAUCGUGUGUUGUAUGUUUUAAAUGUUUAUAUGUAAAGAGUGUAUUAAUAUCGGACGAACAAUUCAACAAGGCACAGAACAUAUGAAAGAAAUUGUGAAAAGAGAGUCUCUUUGCUUUUAUUUCAAGUUAAAUAACUAGAAUAUAAUAACGAAAUAUUCUGAAAUUAAGUAAGGCAAAUGUUGGACUCACCACGUUUUUUCACACAACACUGAAAUGAACAACUCACGCAUGUAUUACCAUAUAUUUUUGGUAAAGAAAUUCGACAUUUUAGUAUUUACAUUUUACCAUUUUACUAUUUACUAUUUUACUAUUUACUAUACGACAAUUUACUAUUUUACCAUAAUAGUAAAUUGUUAAUUUAAUUUACUAUUAUGGAUUCACAGCACAAGAUCGAAUGGCUCGCUCAUUACGUUCUUCGUUUUAUAACAUAGCUUUCGUUGAUUUAUAACUUAACAAUUUAAUUUAUAUAGCAUCGAAUACUUAAUUAAAUAUUUAGCUAGUUUUCACUUCCUCUAAGGCUGAACAAAUUUUCAAAUUUUUGGAAAUACAAAAAGUUUCCAAACAAACUAUAGCCAUAUGUAUGAUAAGCAAAAAUUAACUUCAAAGAAGACAAUGAAUAACAAAAUGAAAUUAUUGCAGAAAAUUAUAACGAGAGAACGUUAUAAAAGGUCAUACCAAAGUACUGUAACAUUACGUACCAGGGAAGAACAAGAGCCAGUUGUGUGUUAAAUCAAUAUAAACACAGUAUGUAUGUACCAAAAUAUACACAACUAAAACGUAUUUAUUUGCAUACAAUUGCUAACAAAUAUACGUCUUCUUUAUUUUCCUCUUUGGCAGGUUGCCAUAGUUUAAAGACACAGUUAAAAACCAAAAGCUUAAAAUAUAGUUUGUUGUUCCUUAUUUUUAUAUUUUGUAUUAUAUUUUUUGUAACCUCAUUAAGAUCGGAUGUUAGGUAUCAAUUGUAUGUAGUUUAACUCUUUUAGUGACCAUAUACACGUUCUAGCAUGGACAUUAGCACUUUUUGUUUAAAACCACUGACGAGGUAGUAUGGUGAGGUAAAGUCUAUCUGCAAUAAUCUAUGUCGUCGAUUAGUAUCCAGAGGGUUAAAUAAAUAAUUUAAACGAACAAUAAAUAAGUUAAAACCAUUCUGAAAGCUGAUAAUUAGGAUUACUCAAUCUUUCUGAAAAGAAAUCCUGUUUUAUCUAAAUUAGACAGCAAGAAAAUCAGAUAGUAGGAACAGACCUCUCUCUGAUAUAUAUCUCGAGGUUUUCAGUAGUUCUGCAUUAUUUGUUAAUGUAAACGACAAAACUGAUUGACAGGUUAACAUUCCAUCGUCAGUAAUAUUCUAUAAGAAAGGGCUUUAAACACAAUUAAGUCUCUUGCUUAGCAAAGAACACAACGAACAAGACAUCUGUGUUAACAUGCGACAUAAAAUAUUCAACGGAUAUUGGUUGAACUGUGUUCCAGAGUGUCUGUCGAUAAUUUUGCUAGGCAUUGAAUAUUCACCUGAUAGCUUUAUUGCAUGUCGUGAACUGAUGAUAAUGAUGGCAGUGGCCGACAGGUGUUUGUGGGAAGGGGAUGUUACUGUUUUAGCUUGUAGAUACAUAAUUAACAAUGUAAAAGACGACACAGGUUUGUGAGAACUUUGACAAAUAACUUUAAAGAAAACAAGUUUGUAAAUAGAUAUAAAUAACUGAAAGAUGUCUAAACCUACUUGUCGUGGGUAAAGUCUAGUAACCCAAUUAUACUAUCAGUUAUGAUGGUUUCUACCGCACUAGUAAGGUAGUUUUUAACAUUGCCAUUACUUAACACUUCGAUCGGUUUGCGAAUGUCAGUUAUUUUAGCAAGGAAUUACGGAAUUAAAAAAUUAUACAUUAUUGUAUAAUGAUUUCGUGUCUAUCGAUGCUGAACUUGGAUAAACAUAAUUAAUUAGUAAGAACUAGUCUACAAACAAGCUGCUAGAAACCCUCACCCAUUGAUUUAAUGGAUUAAUGCAAAAUAUCUUUUGGUUUAUAGUAGUAUGUGGAGGAGGCUGUGGAAAAUUGCUGAGACUAAAAUAUUGUACUUAAAAAAUACCAUAAACAGCACUUAUGUCACUUCUAAUUGCUCAGUUGAUUAAGUUUUCUGUUGUUCUCAGAAUUAUAACUCUCCUUAAUGUAACAGAUAGUGUACUGCCUAAAUAUUUUACUAUUUCAAUCUGCUAGGGGGUUUUUCUAGGGGGUUCAAGUCGCAUUUACAUGAAUGAUAUUAAACACUUUGAGUUCAAACUUUGGAUAUUUAUUGACUUUAUCAAAGUCUUGGACCUCUCCGUAAAUCAGACCUGUGUGACCUCUUGGUUACAAAGCCGUAGUCCUACCCCUAGCUAUCAGCUAAACAGAAACUGGAAUUUUUAUCAAUUAAAAUUUCACACGGAGGUACAAUUAAGCAUUGGAUAACGUUAAUUUUGCUUGUUCAUUAAUAAAUGAACUCAGAUAUACUUAUAUAUUUGUAUGAAAAUAUUUAUUUUACUAUUUAAAGUCUAAUUGUAACAGAGGACGAAUAUCAAAACAAAAAGUGGUCAAGUCUUUAGCGGUAAACUUAAAAUAUUAUGAACAUUUAAUACUCAAGAUUUAAUCGGUUUUGUGAAUGUUACAGAAUCAAAGGGAUAUCAUAUUUAUCAUAAAACGGCAAAUUAAAAAACAUUAUAUUAAACUUAUAUUAAGUAGAUUUAGGUUACAUUUAAGACUGGAAUAAUAACAAAUUGAUUCACUCCGUCUUAAAAAGCUAUUUAAAAAACUAUUCAAUACUAUUUUACAAUCAGAGUUUUGAAUAUUACAUGUCGCUUUUUAGUGUAGCUUUAUUUUUAAUUAUUUCUGUUUUCUAAAUGUUUUAUGAGGACAUUGUUGUUCAUUUUCUUUGCUUUUCACGAAAACAUACAGCCAAAACAUUGACAUUACAAUACUUAGUGUUUAGUUUUUUGCUUUUAUAUAAGCUAAAAUUGUGUAUUCUUACUUAAAAAUUAAGAAAAAAAAUUGUUUAUUGUAGUUAUUACAGGUUUUUACAUGUAUAACAAAAUCAACUCUUAUAAUUUUCAUCAUUCAAGAAUGUUUUAAAUGUCAAGAGGUACAACUAUACAAUUACUCGUAAAUAUAAAUUUUAUGAGGAACGAAUUUUAAAUUUAUAUAUUAAACAUGUCUUAGUAAACAUAUGUUAGUAAAUCUAGUAUAAAAACAUAAUAACGUAGUUAACUUGUAUUUUUUAUCGUUGAGAAAAAUGUUGACUAUGAAGUUAAACAUUGUAUUGUAAUUAUCUUGUAAUAUCUGUUUACAAAGACUAAAAUUGAAAGCAUAGUGAAACUUUGAAUGCAGUGGGCUCUUAUAUAAAAAUUGAUCAUCAUUGUAAUUCAAUAUUAUAUUGUAGUGGAUGUAUUUUGUAUGAAUAAUGACAUAAGUAUUUUCUCAUCCAAAUCAAAUUAUGUAUGUUCACAGUAAAAUGAUAUAUUUUAAUGGGAUAUUCAAGAGAUAUUUACCUUUUACGAUAUAUUUAGUCAAAAGAAGUCCACUAAAUUAUGCAAGCACAAGAAACAUUAGUUUAGACCAACUAAAACACAGUCCUAGUGUUCAGUAUAUUGUAUUUAAAAUAGCGAAGUGCCUAUAUGUAUUGUGAUGUUUACUCUUGUAUAUUAAGUUUCAUAACCAAAUAAAAAUUGAAAUAAUUAUUCAUAUUCACAUACGCAAACUUACAAAUGUAAGUGAAUUUCCAGAUUAACAUAAAUAUAACUUAUUUAUAUAGGGAAGAAUAAACACCGAAUAAAUUCAUAAUGUCACACUACAAACAUAAUUUUAAACUACUGAUAUCUAUGAGUAUCUGUUUUUCGGUUUAAACGUCAUAAGUAAUAAUCGGGGUAACGGUAUCAGUUUACAGCAUUGCAUUUUGUAUCAUUAUGUGUCUAAAUACUCACAUAAUGCUUUGAGUUAUAAAUAAUAGUUUCUUCAUAGUCUAUAUAUAAAUGUAAGUAUGUAUUUACCAUUGACAUAUCUGACAUUUUUACAAUAUCCAAAUCAGCCGAAAAUUAGUAAACACGUAGACUGCAAGUUCUUCUCAGUGCAACAGACAGUUUGGGCUUUAUGUGUUAUAACCGGAUAACACAUUAUAUAUAAUACGCAUUUUCACUUGCUUUUUUGUUCACAAAAUUAAUGAAUUACAAUUGCGUAAUAUUUAUCAUUAUUUAAGUAGAAAUAGUACAUCUUACUAAUAAAUAAGGUACCAAAUUUUGGCAUUAUGUGCGUUUCCUCAAUUUUUUCUGUUUGUUGACAUUGACUCGUUUAAGAGUUACAAUUUUUAAACCAGUAAAACAUUAUCAAAUACCUGUGCUUUAUUUAAAAAAUAAUAGCACAUAUGUAAAAAUAAAGGAACUUUAUACGUUUCCGGUAUACAAUUAAUGUUCUAAGAUGUUUUAGUUUAAAAACACAGUAAAGAAUAAUAAUCUAUACAUAAGCUUUCUGCAUUCGCAAAACUUAUUUUGAGCUAUUUCAUUUCCAUAUAUGACUCAUUUUUAAAAUACUACAGUACUCAUAAAAUAAAUAAAAGAUGGUAUCUAAAUCUUUAUAAAAUUUAGACGUUUUCUUCUAAAUUAUUGCUAUAUAUAUACUGGGUUAAUUUUAACUUAUACGUUCCAGCAAUGAAAAUAAGAUUAUAUUGUAAGGCGCAGUCUCGUAAGCCAAGUCCCAACUAUAAAACGAUAAUUAAGUGAAUAAGGUGUAAGGAGUAAAACAUUUUUUAAAUUAAGAUGUGGUUAAAUAUAUGUGACAAAUAAUGUAUGAUUUCAUAACUAAACAGCGUACAAUAAAUAUUAAUCUGGAAAUCCAUUUACCUUUGUUUUUAAAUGCUCGUUUGUAUUCAUUGCAAUAAAAUUACUCUCACUAAUUGAAAAACGACGCUAAACUGGUAUCAUGUAUUAAUUUAAUCACUGUAUUUAUAUCAUGUAUAGUAUAUAUAUAUAUAUAUAUAUAUAAAUGUAUAUUUUGUAUGUAUUUGUGUGGACUGUACUUUUACAGCCUGUAGUUUAGAUCUAUGUUUUAAGUAAAUAUGCAGAAAAACAAUUUCGUAGGUGUUGUGACAAUAAUGAAAUCAAAAAUGUCAAUGGUACUUCAGUACUUCACCAAUUUUCUAUAGAAUGCCUAAUCUUGAAUAAUAACUAAUUAAUGUAGUCGUGGAAUUGUUACAAAGUAUAACUGUUGAAAUGUAAAACAAACAACGUAUAACAGGGACUUGCAACAGGGUUGUACUGUACUCUUGAAAAAGAGUAUGUAAAAUAUUAGGUGCUUAUUAUGUACAGUGUACAAAGCCGUACUAUCCGUAGUGGGUUUUCUCUAAAUCUCUUUUAUAUCCCUGUUAAAGUACUGUAGAGAUGUAGAACCCUAUCCAAAGUGCGUUAAAAGGUUUCCUUCAGAAACCACACGGGUUUCACAUAUUUUUGUUCUCCGUGCACAACAAUUAUUUCCUUUUCAUACACAAAACUCUUGUUUUAUAUAUAAAGAUUUGUCUCUAAAAUUGUGGGGUUUAUUAACCUGUAGGUAGCGCAUGGGCAAGUCAGCUUUGGAUACAUCUCAAGUUCUUUUGUGUGCGUGAACAUUUAAGGUAAUUGAUGAUCUUUUACAACAACAAUACAAAAUAAAUAUGGUACUGGUAAUGAAAUUGUUAGUAUAUUUUUGUUUUAAAACAAGAUAUCUUGUGCAUACAAGAAACACACAAUAUAUCAAAAACAAGAUUCAGCAUGUGAAACAACGAUGUUCAUCAUUGGAAGCUAAAGUGUUAUUCAGUGUUUAAUCACAUUUCACAGCUGGGCUUUGUCUCCCUCGUUAUACAUGGCUGGUGCUUCGAAAACACUUACUUUAGAAUGAGUGACUGACCAAAAAACAAUUUAACUGAGAUAUUUCUAGAAGAAUAUAUACAAUGUAACCGAUGUGAGUCGAGCGUAGAAAAAAUGGCUAUUAAAUUAACGAUUAUUGAAUGGUUAUGACAUGAGAACGUUAAUUUUUUAAUUUUGUUUUUAUGUGGAUUUCGUAGGAGAAUUGUAUAUCAAUCGUCCAUGAUGGAAUUUUCGGAAGAUUUUUUGGAUUUUCUCAGAAUCCAGUCACAUUUGUGGAAAAACUCACUACUUUCUAAUUUAUACCCAAAAUUGCAUAUUCAAAAUUUGCUAUGUGUAAUUUUAACAUUACACAGUUGUUUCAAUUUUAAACAACUGUUAUUACCUCUUAAGGUUUCAGGAUGAAAUUUUGCAAAGGAAAUAGUUAUAUUUAAACUAGAAUGGAUUUUUCAGCAACACGCCAAAGGUAUAUCUGAAUUCUCAUGUCAGGUAGAUAAAUAUUUACUCGUAUAAGUUUCUAUUUUAUCUAUCAUAAAAUUAGCAGCCGUACAAUACAACGCAGCCGUUCUAAGUAGUGUACAACGUUAUGGGAAUAAUUGUGAACACUAUAACUGCCGUAAUUGUUAAUAUCUAUAACGUAUUGCACAUAGUAUUUAUAGGACAGCUAGUUAGCCAGAGGUAAAAAGUAAAACGUAUCAAGACGAUGGGUUUAUUAAGCGUACAUUAACAUGCCAGACUUGAGACUCGGUGUUGGGCAAGUUAAGUGUAUGAAUCUACAGUUUGAAAUAUUUAAAUGACAGUUAACUGUCAAAUCUAUCUUUCAUAUGACUAAGCCGGAAGGUAUACUUUCUAGUACUCGCCUCCUAAGUACAGUAGAAUUUGCAUUUAGGAGUAAAAAUAUAUUUAAAAGAGACAAAAUACAAGAAGUGGCAUUAUUUCACACAACAAACUGAAAUUUAGUGAUGCUAUUUUACUUAAAGAAAUAUUAUAUACUUAAUUACUCUAUAAAUUCUAAAUUACUUAAAAGAACUUAUCGAACCAGAAAUAUACAGUUUGUAUAAUACACGGUAUGCCUAGUAAUUUUUAAUUUCAAAGUAUUUUUUUACUUAAAAAAUAUUUAAAACGUAUUAUUUGAUUUGUAUUAAGGAAUUCAAGGAAGGAGUUAAAUGCCAAUCAAUCAAUAAAGCCGUUGGUGAAACAUUUUAAGUUUUACAAAAUCUUGAAAUAGUGAAACAUAAAACUUUAUUUCAUACUUUACUACAGUUUUGUUUCUAUUUUCGUUAGUAAAAAAUAAAACGCCUAAAAAUAAUGUUACUGUUGUCUGUCUUUAAAAGUUAUUGACAUUACAUGGUUAAGAAUCUCUAUUAAACAGUAAUAAUAUAAAUUGUCUAGUUACGUGUUUAAGUACAGCAAUAAUUUAUCAACGUGAAAACUGAUUGCAUCUCAUUAAAAUUAAUUCACUUUGAUGUUGAAGUGCUCGAUGCCGUUGCACAAUAGCAAUGACACUUCAUUGGAGAGUAAGGAGUAAGGGGCGUAAGUGUACAUUUACAUCGACAAGAGUGUUGAAUGGUGUGAGAUCUAUCCAUUCAAAUCGAAUUGCAAAUAUCCGUGCGAUUAUAUCAUUAAUUAGUGUUUCAAUUUUUGUGGAGAGUCAAAUUUGAAUAUGUACAUUUUCUAAAGAUUAUAUAAUUUAAUGCAAGUUUGUAUUAAAAGCAUGUCCAUUACAAUACUACUUAUUCUUGGUUACAGUAUUGUUAAAUUAGAAUGAAUCACUCACGGUUUAAAACACUUAUACUAUUCGAUAUUUCACACUGCAUAUUUGGUCUUAUACAUAAACACAUACUCGUAUAUACUUGUGUAUACCGUAUUUCGUUUAUUUUCGUAUAAGGUUUCGUAUAGGUUCCUAUAAGAUUAAACCUGGCCUUAUAUAUAAAUUUUAUUCUGGAUAUGAGCAGUUUAAACUCGGUUAAAACAUUUAAGUGACAUAUAGCCUAUAUAUUUCAUAUAUAUGUAUAUAUAUAUAUAUAUAUAUAUAUAUAUAUAUAUAUAACAUAUAUUUUGGGGUCCCAUUUUCCAGUCUGUAAAAAAGGGUAGAGCGUUAUAACAUAUAGUUCUUUAAAUUCUCUAAACAUUUAUUUAAAACACUUUUAUCCCUUUAACAUAACCUCGUAUUAUGGUUUAUAUUUAGGUUUGUGUUAUUGUGUGGUCUCCCAAAGGCUAGAUUACAAGUAUCAUAAUAUCUUGUAUACUUAUUAAAGUAAAUAAUACCUUGUUUAAUUAUUUUACGUCUGAACCGGUUUAUUCCAAUUUAAAUUCUACCAAAAGUUAUAAUAUAUUUUCAUAUUUAUAAACAUAUUCAACUUAUAUAUUAUGAGAACAUGUUCUUACAGAAAAGAUAUGAAGGUUAGUAUAGAUGACAAGUGAAUAGUUGAAUGAAGUACCAUUGACAACAUCUCGAUAUUUUCUCUAUAUUGGAUGUGUUAUGUUCCCUGUAUGUAUUCAUGUCCAGUCUGUGAUCCACUCCAUAGGUCAGGGACCAUAUUAACUCACUCGAGAGACGCUCGAGCGUUCAACUGGUUAAGGCCUAACGUUAAACCAACUGAUCACGCAUGCCAUAUCACAUGUAAACGUGUCUAUGUCGUCUGCAAUUCGUGUUUUAAUCCUUACCCCCCCCCCCACCACUCUAUCCUCGUCUGCAAACCGUCCUUGCUAAAGGUUGAGGAAUCAACCCGAUGGUGCUUUAGUGUUCUAUAUUUAUAUUUUGUAUGCACUUUAAUACUGAAUGCUGAAUUUAACAACGCACUUCAUUAUGUUUGGUUCCUAAUGUUAAGGUAUUUAUACUGAAAUGACUGUCCAAAUCUUUUUUAUGAGCUAUUUAAAUAUUAAGUGUGAAUUUUUGUAAUGGAACUUAGUUUAUGUAAUAGGUUUAUCUUAUAAAUGCACAAAAGAGGCUCAUUAUAAAACUUACCUAAAGUAAUUGUGUGUGUAUUUGCCAAAGUAAAUCAACGGAGAUAAAUUUAAAAGACAUGGACUAUCUUAAUUCUUGUUUUUCGUUAUUUAAUAUUAAGGUUACGAACAAAUUGUAAUGGCUCUGGUUGUAGUUUUGAAUAUUUUCAACCUAACUCGUUAAUAUUUCAAUAUUUUACAAUAAGUGAUUAAAUGUCUGGUAUGGGCUGAAUAUAAAAAUAUCAAGUUCAUGUAAAAUUUAACAUUAAUUUAUAAUAAUUUAAUUCGUUACAAACUUUGGGAGUAUGAAGUAUAGUCUCAACAUGUAUUAACAUAACGAUCAACAAACAUAGCUGGAGGCUACGCUUCCAUCAUUAAAACAAACCCAAAACCUACGUCCAUCACACGGUUAGACUUUCUCUAACUGUGGUAAUUAGGUUUUUUAAUGUGUUAAUUUCAAAUCACAGCCGGAAACUAAAAAUAUUAAGCAAUAAAAUAUUUGCAUCCAACAGUGAUUGAUAUUCCAAGACAUAUUAAAAACAGUAUAAUGAAUCAUUUACGUAGGCGUAUAUUGUUUAAUACGUAAACAAAAAGCAGUCUUACAAUAAUUUGUUUGAGCACCUUUUGUGCAUAACGUGGUUGGUUAUUUGUUGCUGCGAUGUGAAAUGUUCCCCAGCUUGCACUGUGAGACGCCAAUACAAUUGCGUCACAACGACAAAUAAAUGUGAUAUCUACCGUAAAUGUACCACCAAGAUACAUGCAAAAUGUAGCGUAGUUGGUAGCAAUGGAUGCUUUCAAUGUAUGUAUUUUCCUACUCCCCUUGUUCACAAGUACCUAUUGUUGUUAUAUGUGUACAGUGUUGUUAUUUUUAAUUUUGAGAAGUUAGAGUAUACAAUGUUGUGUGUAUUUUUAUAUGUUUUUAAAACAGAAUUCCUGGAUCUAUUUCGAACCUAGAUUAUUGAUGGUUCCUUUACAUUCCAUUUGUUAGGUUCUUCUUUACAUAUUGGAUAAAUACAAGAUUAAAAGGUUUUUUUUAACAGUUUUACAAAGAAAUAUAUGCAAUUAAAAAAAAUUAAAUCUUGCGCAUUUAAUCACAUUACUCGAUUUUUAUCUUCGAAUAUUACAACUUUAUGAUAAUAAUUUAAUGAAUUUUUAUGUAAUUUAAUACUUGAAAUAUGAAUGUUUUUAUAUUUUAUGUAUUUUUUAACAAAAUUUAUGGGAAUAUAUUUCAUUCUAUUUUAGUAGUUCAGUAUUAAUAUUUUCUUUUUGUGUCAUGUUGAUGACCAAUUAUAAUAUUAACAAUGAUAUUUUAAUUGUCUACAAGAUUUUGAUAAUUUCUUAAAUUCCAAGCAUACACUACAUGUGAGUUACAUGCUUGUAUUUUUUGCCUUUUAAAAUAUUUCUGGUUUUAAAUUAGAAUUAAAUCCUUUAAAAUAAAAAACCCCUCAAUUUUUAUAAACACAGAAUAAUUUUAUGAAUGCACACAGUUCUAUGUUUUUCUCCUGUAUUAGUUCAGUAUUCACAAUAUAUGUAUGGUCACAAUUAUAUUGAUUCAUAUUUUACUUCUCAUAACUCAUGACUUUUAAGUUUUCCAGAAAUUAAAAUACAUACAAAAUUAAUGUUAAGACAAUGUUUUAUUUUUUAAAUAUAUAGUUUUAGUAGUAACGUUUGAAAAUGACACUAGUCUUGUUUUGU